AUGGCUCUCUCGCGUGCCAUGCUUAUGACAACCCUGCUUCUGGGUCUUAUGGCAUCAUCUUCCAUUGCUCAAGGUCCAAUAUCAUCAUCACCAAUUCCCGCUACAAUGCCACCUAAAUCUACUGCGAUACCACCUACAAGUUCUGCAACCCCACCUUCCUCCGCCGUGACAACUCCCCCUGCUGCCACCCCAAUUUCAUCCCCACCAACAUCGUCUCCUCCUCUCACAGCUACCCCAAAUGCAAGCCCACCAACAAUAAGCCCGACGACGAGUCCAAGUUCAAGCCCACCAUCACCAACUGCACCUCAGUCAUCACCACCAGAAGUGGCUACUUCUCCUGCACCCGUGGGACCAACACCAUCUUCUACCGCCGGGUCGCCAACAUCUUCUUUAGCUGCACCAACUCCACCUCCCGCCUCAUCGACAUCCGAUUCAGGAGCUUCUGUUCCGGAUUCAGGAGCUUUUGUUCAUGGAAGCAGGGUGGCAGUCAUGUUAUCACUGCUUGGAGGAGUUGCACUAGUAGUAGUAUUUGCUUAA